CAAUUUUUCUGCGCCGUUUUGUUAGUUUACGCUAACUCAAAUUUCGCAAACUCUCUGGUUUUUGGUUCGAUCCAAAAUCUACCAAUGGGUUAUUCAAAGGAACAGUUGCUUGCUCGCUUACAGAAUGCUGGGUACUAUACUGAUUGAUCUUAAAAUUGAAUUUUCCAAGCAUGAACAUCCUGUUGUGAUGACGGUUGAAGCUCAGGCAAAAUAUGUUGGGAGUAUGGGAGGUGGACUCAGUAAAAAUUUGUUCUUGAAGGACAAGAAACAUAGGUACUAUAUCGUCUGUGCUCUGGCUGAUACAAAAGUUGACAUGAAAGUUUUAUCUCAAAGACUUGGUCUCGGAAAGGGAGGUCUGAGGAUGGCUCCUGAAGAGGCAUUGCCCGAAAUACUUCAGGUGCCACUAGGAAGUGUUACUCCAUUCGCACUGGUGAAUGAAUCAGCACGAGAUGUUGGACUGUUGUUGGAUAAAGGAUUCAAAACUCAGGAACGAUGCUUCUUCCACCCACUGUCAAAUGACAUGUCAAUCUCUCUUAAUGCCAAUGAUCUGGACAAGUUUCUUAAAUCAAUUGGUAGAGACCCAGCAUAUGUUGACCUGGAGGCUAACCCCACAGUAGGGAAAGAUCAACCUCCUGACCUGGCUGCUUUUGUUCCAUCUAGUUCUCUGGUUCUGCCAGAUCCUGCUGAAAAAACAGCUUCUUCACACAAUACUGGUGGGAACAAUGUCACAGCUAGUAGUAACUCCAAGCCGGUGGCAGAGAAAGCUGUGAAGCCAGCCAAAAAUGUUCAUAAUAUUAAGGACAAGUCAGCCAAUGCUGUAAAUACUUCAAGCUCGUUUACAGAUGCUGAGAAAUUUGUGGAAGAGAUUCUGGAUAAAAUAUCAGCACAAAUACUUUCAGAAACCAAGGAUGGCAGUAUCCAAGAACAUGGGGAAGAGCUUGGAACUGAGAUUGCCAACAGAUUAAAAAAAUGCUGUUGCUCAGAGUUCAAGAACCUUGCUACAAUGUUCAAGAACACGGCAUAUACACAAGGGUUUCACGCUGGUAGGGCUUCAGUAUUGAGAUAAUGUUCGAGAACAUGGCUUAUACAGAUUAACUCAAGCAUUUGUGAGCUGGUUCUAGAUGGACCUCCUCAGCCUCUUUCCUCUUAACUUCCACCUAUUUUUCUUCCCCAAACUCAAAAGGCGAAAGGAAAGAAAUGUUGAAUGUUAAACUUUUAUUUUUAAUAGGUACAUUGGUGCAAAACAUUUUGAAAGAUGUAUACUCAUAUUGAACUGGCUUUAAGAUGUACCCUUUGUUAAAAUCAUUCAAAUCUUAGUUACAAAAAUAUCAUGAUCCUUUGCUGGUUUAUGAUUGUACUUUCUUGA